AUGGCGGCGCCGGACAGCCAAUGGGCGGGCGGGGCGGGGCGGGGCGCUGAGGAGGGAGCGAGAGGCAAGAUGGCGGCGCUGAGGCGCUGUUGGUGGUUGGCGUGGGGCGGUCGGGUCAGCAGAUGGUGUUCUGCUCCGUCGCGCAGAGGACGAGUGCCGUUCGACCCCCCGCCGGCCCCGGUCUGCGCGCUGGGCCGCUCGCUGCGGUGGGCAUCGUCCUCCUCCCAGCCGGGCCCGACGGAGAGCGACUCCAGCGAGGGACAGGUCUACCUCAGCGAGAGCUGCGUGAAGAGGCUGCUGGAGAUUGCAGAAGGAUCAGAGUUUCUCAGGCUGCAGGUGGAAGGAGGUGGUUGCUCUGGGUUCCAGUACAAGUUUUCUUUGGACACGGUUAUCAAUCCUGAUGACAGGGUGUUUGAACAAGGUGGUGCCCGUGUAGUUGUGGAUGUGGACAGCCUGGCCUUUGUGAAAGGUUCCAUGGUAGACUUCAGCCAGGAGCUGAUUCGCAGCUCAUUCCAGGUGAUGUUUCCUGGCAGUCUCCAGAGGGUUUUGUUUGAUCUUUUCCCAGUUGAUCCUUCUCAUCUUUCUAACCCUGUAACACAGCAGUUACAGAUGACACCAACUGUAUGUGUCUGAACUGAGUCUGAUUCCAAGACUUUUUGGCCUUCCUCUCAGAAAUAUGAAGUAGCCAUAAUCACGCAAACAGAAGCAUCUUCAGUGCUUUGUGAACCACCUGCUCAGUGGCGCAGACUUGCCUGCCUUCUCCAGAAUAUGGAACCACUUGUCUCUACAAGAGAUGGCUGUAUAUAUGUGUGUGUUUAUUGAGAGUUCUUACUAAAAAAAUAUACGUAUUUGAGGUUGUUUGGUAUUACUCAUACAUCGCUGGUGGGUGGAAUCUGAGUUCAUUCCAGCUAGGGCUGUUUACCAAUUUUUUUUCAUCUGAAUUGGAUUUAUACCUACCAGUGUUGCUGGCUGUUCAAUGUUCUGUUGGCUUUUCUAGACACUUAGCUUUUUCAGGCUAGUCUCAGUCCCAGAAGUCUGUAGUAGUUUUACUCUCGGUCCUUGGGAUGAAAGGUUUGACUUGUAAGUGAAGCUCAAAGACUCAGGUAGCAAGAAUUAAUAGCUAUUUGUUUUAUUUUAGAAAAAAAAAAAAAAAAAAAGUGUGUGUGUGUAUGUAUAUAAA